GUCGCACCCUCAACCCAGAAUUAGAGUACUUAAACCGCGUCCCCAAGCUUUGUUCUUGUUCACCGACCUCGACAACGCCCUUCCAACACCAGCCCUUGUUUACAUUAGAUACCUGUUUACCCUAGAAUCACAAUGUGUGGCAUCUUUGGCUACUGCAACUUCUUGAAAGAAAAGGACCGCAAGGAAAUCCUGGAGAUUCUUUGCACAGGUCUAGCUCGUCAAGAGUACCGUGGUUAUGAUUCUGCUGGCCUUGGUAUCGAUGGCGACAAGCCAGGUGAAAUUGUUUUUUUCAAGGAGGUCGGCAAGGUUGCCGGCUUGCGGCAGCGUAUCGCGGAGUCUAGCAUUGACACGACCAAGUCGGUGAUAUCCCAGGUCUCCAUUGCUCAUACUCGUUGGGCAACACAUGGACCUCCCUCCGUUCUCAAUUGCCAUCCACUUCGCUCUGAUGUGAACAAUGAGUUCAUUGUUGUACACAACGGUAUCGUGACCAACGCUACAGCUCUUCGGCAAGUCCUGCAGAAGCGUGGCUUCAAGUUCGAAUCUGAAACUGAUACGGAGGCGGUCGCCAUUCUAACGAAAUAUGUCUACGACUCUCGGCCUGACAAACGCAUGACCUUCACAGCUCUUGUGAAGACCGUCCUGAAAGAGCUUGAGGGUUCAUUCGCCUUGGUCUUCAAGUCUAUCCACUUCCCGAAUGAGAUCGUGACUGCCCGUCGUGGUUCACCUCUCUUGAUUGGUGUUAAGACUGACAAGAAACUCAAAGUCGACUUUGUGGAUGUCGAGUUUUCUGGAGCGGAUGCUGACACCAAAGCCGUGGAAAGUCUUGCUGUUCCCACUUCCCCCACUUCUCGACUAGCGCCUCCAUCGUUACCCAAGAUGUCUCGUCGUCGGUCCCGCAACUUCAUGUCCGAGGACGGCAUGCCCCAACCCAUCGAAUUCUUUAUCGCCUCUGACGCUUCCGCCAUUGUGGAACACACAAAGCGUGUGCUCUACUUGGAAGAUGAUGAUAUCGCUCACAUCGCUGAGGGUCAAUUGCACAUUCACCGUCUGCGCCGGGAUGAGUCUACCACGGCCGAGACACCUGCCAUUCGCAACAUCGAGACGCUCGAGAUUGAAAUUGCCGAGAUCAUGAAGGGCAAGUUUGAUCACUUCAUGCAGAAAGAGAUUUACGAACAGCCUGAAUCCGUCGUCAACACGAUGCGUGGACGUGUGAAUUUCGAUGACUAUAAAAUCACACUUGGUGGGCUGCGUGCCUAUCUGCACAUUAUGCGUCGCGGUCGCCGUAUUGUAUUCUGCGCUUGCGGAACGAGCUAUCACUCUGCGUUGGCAACUCGUGCGAUCUUCGAGGAGUUGACCGAAAUCCCCGUUAGUGUAGAACUCGCAUCCGACUUCCUGGACAGGAAGACUCCCAUCUUUCGUGACGACAUUUGUGUCUUUGUCAGUCAGAGUGGAGAGACUGCUGAUACGAUCCUGGCAUUGCGAUACUGCUUGGAGCGUGGUGCUCUUUGUGUGGGCGUUGUCAAUACCGUCGGUUCGACUAUCUCGCGUGAAACACACUGUGGUAUUCACAUCAACGCUGGCCCUGAGGUUGGCGUUGCGUCUACCAAGGCAUAUACCUCCCAGUACAUCGCAUUGAUGCUGAUGGCGCUGCAACUAUCAGAGGAUCGGAUCUCAUUCACUGAACGUCGCAACCAGAUCGUCGAUGGCCUUCGUGCACUCCCUGCGCAAAUCAAGAGUGUUCUCGAAAAUGACAAGAGCUUGCGGGAGCUUGCCAAUAGCCUCCUUGCAAACUCACGCAGCUUGUUGCUGAUGGGCCGUGGAUAUCAGUCAGUAGCUCUCGUUUACAAUCCAAAUCGUAUGAUUGAUCGUCGAACUCUUUCAGGCAUGCCACUUGCCUUGAGGGCGCCCUCAAGAUCAAAGAGAUUAGUUAUAUGCACUCGGAGGGUAUCCUUGCAGGAGAGCUUAAGCACGGUCCCUUGGCGUUGAUCGACGAGAACA